UUUUAUGCCACCGCGUAAAGCAAAGACAAGUCAAAUGGAUCUAAAUAUCCACCAUACACUGAUGCACAAACUUUUGAAGGUUGGCAGGAACUGGAAAGUGAUUGUGUCAAUUGGACUUCUGAUUGUUGUGGUGCUGAGGUGGUCAUUCAAUAUUGGAGACACUAAAGGCCAUGAGUCUGUUCUGCCAGAGCACAAGGACAGAGUCAACAUACUUGGUAACAAAACACAAAAGCUCAAAAUCCCAGAGGGCCUGGAGGACAUAAGUACAGAGGGGUGGGUCCGGAUACAGAGAGCAGUUCAAUGGGGGGGACCAGACCUGCAGAUUACCACUGUAAACAUGAGCACCAGUCCAGACCACACCACCUUUGUUAUUAAUAACUUUAAGGACAGUUACUCUGUGGGAGAGGAGCUCCAUGUCACCAUUGUUGCCAAGGACUUAACUGGAAGGCCCAAAACCUAUGGAGGAGAUUUCUUCAAAGCAAAGGUUUAUUCGGCCACAUUAAAGGCUAGUGUGUUUGGAGAGGUGCUGGAUCAUCAGAAUGGCACCUACUUGGCCCAGUUUACCCUACCAUGGGCGGGUGAGGCAUCGGUGGCAGUCCUCCUGGUUCACACCAGUGAGGCUGUAGAGAUCAUCAAGCGACACCGGGAAACAGACCCCGACCGUGGCUUCUACUAUGGCUACUUUGUGGGCAAGAACUCUCAGGGUGCUCAAGUGGAGGAGAGGGUGUUCUGCAACGUCAAAUGGGAGGGGGUGGCACUGGCUGGCGAUGGGCCCUGCUGCUGUGAAUACCCAGAUUUAAAGGCAAGGCUGACGUGGCACUGCCGUAAACCCCCAACUCUGCCAUGCAAUACCCUAGUAUACCAUGGUAUGGGUCCUUAUUACGUGAAUCACUGGACAGACCUUGAGAAGGCAAUCAUGGACAAACAAUAUGUGGAGCGUUGGAUCAAGGGUGACUCCCAUGUAGUUAGAGUUGUUGCCUCUAAUUCAACUAUGGGACAGAGAGAGCGAUGUAAACCUGGAAUGCCCACACCGAUCCCAGCAGGAUUCUUCAUGAGAGACGUUUGGACGUCAUUUGUGUGUGCCACCCGUCAUUUUAACGCUGCCAAUGACAAAACUCAGUGUUUGAGGGACAAACACAUCUACAUGAUGGGAGACUCCACUCUCUUACAGUGGUACCACUUCAUCAUCAAUUCCAUGCCAAAUCUCAGGGUCAUGAACCUACAUACCCACUACCACAAUGGGCCUUUUUUGGCUGUGGAUCUGGGAAACAACAUCGACCUGAACUACCGCACGCAUGGUGUCCCCCGACGCAACCCCAAGGCCACGUUCGCAAAUAUGCACUACAUUAGUAACGAGAUCGAUGGCAUGGCGGGUGGGCCACACACUGUUAUCGUCUUCAACCUUUGGGCGCACUUCAAACUAUUCCCACACUCCUACUUUGCCCACCGGGUGUCCCAGAUCCGCCGUGCAGUCGUGGACCUCUUGAGACGUGCACCAGCAACCAAGGUCAUCAUCAAGACGGCUAAUACAGGACUCCCGAAUUUUGGUAGCACUGACUGGCUAUCCAUGCAGCUGGAUCGAAUCCUGCGUGAAGUGUUCCGUGACGUGGGAGUUUACAUCCUGGAUGUGUGGCAGCUGACUGCCUGUUACCAUGACAAAGAGGACGUCCAUCCUGGCCCAGUGAUCAUCAGAAACGAAGUGGACAUUCUUCUCUCUUUUAUCUGCCCUGCGUAAGGAGCCUGAUAUCAGGGGUGAAUAACAUAAUGUGUGAUAUAUGAUUGAGGGGCCCUAUUAAGACAUAUCACGUGACAUAAUAUAACCCAUGUUAAUUCACUGAUGGGCCCCAUUCAGAGGUCAGGGUGGAGAGCAUAGCAACUUCACACAGAGGCUUGAGUGUCAGGGCCCACUGAGAUCUUGGGCUCAAUAGGCCCCUUCAGUAAUCCCUCCCUGAUCACAGGGAAGAGGGUACUUGUGCUUUUACCAAUUUCUACAAAGAAAUAUUAUUUACCCUCUGUAGCAGGAAUGUGAUUUUCCUGUAGAAAAAAAAUGCUCCACCUUUAGAGUGCUUGGGGGUCCCUGUUGACAUAAUAAUCAUCCCUUGACCCCCACAUCAAAAAUCUGUUGGAUGCCUCAAGGCAACAACAAGGGCACUUAAACGGCAAGGAGUUUCCUAUGUAAUUGUGUGAGGUUAAACUCAGAGAAAACAAGCAAGUUAUGCAAAAUGUUAAUUUUCACUUUUCUAUUUACUGUUCAUUUUCAUUUUUCAAGUUAAUUUUCACACCCAAUAUUUAAUCCAACAAUCAACUGACGCAUGUUUGUUUUAAUCUGUUUCAAUCUGAUUUUUUUGUAUAUAUGGGCAAUGUGUAGGCUGGGUGAACCCUGCCUGAACUUAAAAGAUUGAGCUUAGUAUGGUGAAAACCAGACUAGGUAAUGUGCAAAAUAAAAGGGUGUUUGCAGUGA